CCUCCUCCCUCCGCCUGCCUUUCACUCCCCGGAUCGCUGCCCCGCGAAGCAGUUCUUCUUGAGAGACCCGGUUGCAGGCGAGAAGAUGGCAAGCGGCGCCCACUUCCCUCUGCCCGGCCAGGCCAGCGGCGGGCUGCCGCGCUACGAGGAGCUGAAGGACGAGCACGACAUGGCCAUCCUCGACCCCGCGGGCGCGUCGCCUGGCUCCACCGUGAUCCACAUGCACAACCAAAGCCAAGUCUGCGUGGCGCCUCCCCGCGACCAUAUCUUGUGGUCGAUCUGCACCAUGAUGUACUGCAACUUCUGCUGCCUCGGGUUCAUGGCCCUGGUCUUCUCGGUUAAGGUGAGAAGGGCAGGGUGGACGAGAGCUCCGCCGCCCAUGGGACGCUCCCACCCCUUCCUGCUCCACGCUCCAUUUUUCCCCCUCGUGGGUGGGGGAGGGGGCGUAAAGCCGGCGGGACGUGAUCAGGACUUUUUUUAAAAAAAGUUUUGGGUGCUCAGAAGUCCCUCCAGCUAUCCUAGGAGCCCUCUCCUAUCCGUGUUUACUCGGAAAUGAGCCCCGUUGACAUCGAUUGAACUUUUAAAAGUAUCUGUAGGGUUGUUGCUUCGCUUGCUAGAGGGAGAAGGGGAGACAUUAAUCAUGGCCUUUCAUUGGCAAGAGGCAGGGGAAUGACGGCAUUGUUUCUUCUUUCCCAAGCUUUCAGAGCCGAGUUUUGGGUUUAGAUUUAACCCAUGGGGUAAAGAAUAGCUUUAAACCGGGCCCACUUAUGCCUUUGAACCAAAACUCAGCCCAGGCUACAAAGUCUGGCGGAUCAAGCUAGGCUGUGACGCGUCCAUGUGUCAGCUCUGUGUUGAUGUAUAAAGCUGGGGCGGGGGUCUUAUUUCCUGCAAGGAAAGGGGCAUGGGAGGGGAGGGAAACCUUUCCCCCAGUUGGCUCACUUCCAACACUGAAAUUGCCUGGGAGGAAAGGUUUUUAAACAAGGGAGCACAGUGAGGAAAAACAGCAUUUUGCCCACCCCCCUGCAUCAUCUUGUGCGUGUCUGCAUGUGCAACACGUGGGGGGGGCGGGGAACACCCAUCCAUCUGGCUUUAUGUAUAUAAAAAUGGGCAACCUUAAGGGACUGAUCAGGCAGCUGCAGCCUAGCAGUACCACAGCAUCGCUCCGGUUUACAUUCCAAACUCAGUGUCUGUGCCCUUGCCUUCCACUGGUGGUAGGGAGCCUCAGUCAGUAGAACAUGAGACUCUUAAUCUCAGGGCAAACGUUACGUUAUUGGGCUAGAUGACCCUCGGGUCAAUUCUAUGAUUCUAUGAAUGUGGAGGGAAGUUGCUAGGGCAGGGCAAAAGCUAGCUGGUCUCUAGGAAACUUGGAAUUCAGUUCUUAAAUUUGCUGGUCACCUGCUCUGAUUGUUCGGGCAGCCUCUUUCUCCACAGCCUAGCACUGAAAAACAAAUAUCUAAGACUAUCUAAGCCCCUGAGGUAGGUGUUUUCUACACUUAAAUAGUAGAAAACUUGGUUGUGCAUGUAGCUUAACACAGAAGAGUCAAUGACCAAAAACCAAGUCCAUUUAUCAUCUGCAACACGGAUUUUUCUUUUAGACUGCUUUGUGUGAUUGCAACAUCUGUGGGAUUUCCCGCCUAUCAUCUUAACUUUAAUAUGCAAAAAUAAUGAUCUGCAAGGGCAACAACAGACCAAUAAGCCACAUGACAUGAGAGACAUAACUAACAACUGGCAUAGUGACAUCCUUUCUGGUGUGUAAAGAUCGGGUUCUUCUCAUAAUUUGGCUGCUGCUGAUCAGAUAAUAAGAUUGUAUAAACCCAGAGGUGUGGGAGCAGCUCUGCACAAGCAGCUUAUCUUCUAGCUUGAUUUUAAUCGCUGACUUUUGUUUCUUUCUUCUUUCUAAACAGGCAAGAGAUCGCAAAGUGGUUGGUGACCACAGUGGAGCUCGCAGCUAUGGUUCUACUGCCCAGUGCCUCAACAUCACAGCUGUGACCCUGUGCAUUGUGCCCAUUGUCAUUGUCAUCAUCCUGCUAGCAGCAGGGGUUUUCACUCCCCAAUUUCAUAAUGGUUAUUAGGAAGCCUAUGGAGAACCAUGUCACAGACGGGUUUCCCUUGUAAAACCACUCACUGCCUUUUCCCUUGCUGCCAAGGUUCCCACUCAAGUCACUUUGUUUGUGGGUAAUGGUGAUGUUUUGCUUUCCAAUGACACGGGUGUGUAGCUGGUCAAAGAGCAGCCCUUAUAUUAAGAAUAUGGUACUUCCAGUGAUGUCUCUCGAGUGCUUGCCAAGACGGAGCUGGAUAAGCAUCAAUUUCAAGAGUUGCCAUGCUGAGAAUUGUGCAUUAGAGGGAUUCCCCCCCCCAAAAAAAAAUCCACAUGGCUCUAGUGCCUCUUCUCUCAAGUUAUUUUCCUAGCAUCCAGUUUUCUCUCUUGCUGGUACACAUGGGGACCAAGUGACAUGAAGAUUCAUCUCCUGUUCCUGAUGCAAGGAAGACAAAUUAUCCAGUAUUUACACCUACACACACUUCUUUGUAAUAAGAGAUGCUUGUAGAGUUUGGUUUUUGCAACACUAUCACCAUAAUACAUUUGCUUAAAAAUAUAUUAAAAAACAAGCUUGUGGAG